AGCCCCUGCCUCCGGGCGGGCGGGCGGGCGAGGAGGAGGAGGAGGAGGAGGAGGGAGGGAGGGAGGGAGGGAAGGAGGAAGCGGGUAUUUUGCGCUGAGGCUUCCUUCCUGGCUGCUGCUGCCAUCUCUGCCUCAUCCGUUGGUGGUGCUGGUGCUGCUGCAGCUUCUGAUGCUGCUGAUGAUGAUGCAGUUGCUGCACUGAUCCGGUGGUGGAGGUAGCUGUGCUGGAGCCCGGUGCCGAUGGUUGAAUGCGGGUCUGGGCCUGGGACUCUGGAAUCCAUGGGUGUCGUGGAUGUGCAUGUCAUGAGCAGUAGUGAGGAGGGUUGAGAUAUUAAAGUACCCGUAGAUCGGCAGGUGAUGCAGAACGCGUUGGGCACCAAGGCACGCCUGCAGACGGUAUGUACAUUAUAAUGGAGGCUGUGUGUGUGUGUGAUGAAACGGCUCAUGCUGUAAUUCGCGAAGCUGCUGUGGAUGGAAGGAAUAAUUAAAGAAUCCCCUGAGGUCUAGGAUUGGCAUCGGGAUUGGGAUUGGUUUGGGGGUUCCGGUUGGAGGCCGCGAGUGGGCUAGGGAAGCGGCAGGAACGGGGCCAGAUAUGGUAUUCGUUUCGAAUGUAGCACGAGGGGCGUUGGAUCAUGACCGACUGACAUAAGGGCCAAGGAACCUUCGCCAUUGUCGACCAAAUUGUGGAGAGGGCCCUGAUCGGUCAGUUGGGGGCUUCCCCUGCAACCCGGUUCUGGUUUUGAAGCUCCUGUAUGGUUAACUAGUUUCUCCAGGAUAUUGUGGUUCUGGUAGAUCGGUCAGAGUGGCAGCGAGCGUCGUGAAGAAAAGCUGCAGCAGGCUACGGGUCGCAUCGCCUCAAAAUUGACUCGAACUUGGUCCAUCUAUUUUGCAAUUCGCAUGUUCAUUCGGCUCGACCAAGCGGUGCGAUAAGAGGGAGCCACGGAGAAUGCGGUGGAUGACACCCGUUUGCAGGGAAAAUAUUGCGGAUCAAACUUUUGCUGAAUGUGAAAGUUUGUUGGGGUCCUAGUUUCACGACCACGCUUGUGGAACAGAGUAUGGGAAUAUUACUUACAUAAUGAAGAUGAUGCAGCUAGGGGUUUGAACGCAAAAGUAGAAUAGUGGCAACUUCAAUUCGUUGCUCUGCACAGCUCUUCGCCCGCAAUCUCGAGAGGAGGAAAUCUGAAUGGCAACUGAAAGCGUGGCAGCUCUGCCACUUAGCAAGGCCGUCCUGAGCAUGGAGAUUGACCCUCCGGGCAACGGCGCCGUACUAGGGAAUGUAGCCCCGGAGGACUGGCGCAAUGCCUUGAACAAGGUUGUUCCAGCUGUUGUUGUGCUUCGAACCACAGCAACAAGGGCAUUUGAUACUGAAGCUGCAGGCGCCAGCUACGCCACGGGAUUUGUUGUGGACAAGAGUCGGGGAAUUCUUCUAACAAAUCGACAUGUUGUCAGGCCAGGUCCAAUCGUGGCAGAGGCUAUGUUUCUUAAUCGUGAAGAGAUUCCUGUUUAUCCUGUGUAUCGAGAUCCUGUCCAUGAUUUUGGGUUUCUACAAUUUGAUCCAGGAGCCGUGCAAUUCAUGGAAUAUGAAGAAAUUCCUCUGGCGCCGGAAGCAGCAACGGUCGGCCUUGAGAUACGGGUGGUAGGGAAUGAUAGUGGUGAGAAGGUGUCGAUACUAGCCGGCACACUCGCCCGGUUGGAUCGGGACGCGCCUCAUUAUAAAAAAGACGGUUACAACGAUUUCAAUACAUUCUACAUGCAGGCAGCGUCAGGAACUAAAGGGGGUUCAAGUGGUUCCCCUGUAAUUGAUUGCAAGGGUCGUGCCGUAGCUCUCAAUGCCGGCAGCAAAUCGGCUAGCGCUUCUGCAUUUUUCCUUCCUCUAGAGCGAGUUGUUAGGGCCUUGAAAUCUUUACAGCAAACUAAAGAUGAAUCUAAAGUUGGAUGGCGUCCAGCAAGUAUCCCUAGAGGUACUCUCCAGAUGACUUAUGUACACAAGGGAUAUGAUGAAACGCGACGGUUAGGUUUGAAGCGAGACACAGAACAGACAGUCAGAGAAGCUUCUCCAGCUGGCGAGACGGGCAUGCUUGUCGUCGAUUCAGUGGUUCCGGGGGGACCUGCGCACAAACAAUUGGAACCGGGAGAUGUGCUUGUUCGUGUCAACGGUGAGGUGGUUACGCAGUUUCUAAAACUGGAGACCUUGCUGGACGACAAUGUGGGAAAGGACUUUGAGCUUGAGGUUGAAAGGGGUGGUCUAACUGUGAAUGUGACUUUGAAGGUCCAAGACUUGCAUUCUAUCACACCAAGCCACUUCUUGGAAGUCAGUGGUGGAGUUCUACAUGCUCUCUCAUAUCAGCAGGCACGGAACUUCCGCUUCACUUGUGGACUCGUUUACGUCGCUGAACCUGGUUACAUGUUAUCAAGGGCCGGGGUUCCAAAGCAUGCUAUUAUCAAGAAAAUGGCCGGGGAGGAGAUUUUGAAGUUAGAGAAUUUUAUCGCAGUUUAUGCCAAGCUUGCUAGAGGAGCUCGUGUUCCCCUGGAGUUUCAGAGUUACGCGGAUCGUCACAGAAGCAAGUCUGUGCUUGUCACCAUAGAUAGGCAUGAAUGGUACGCGCCUCCACUCAUUUAUACUCGCAAUGAUGCGACUGGCCUAUGGCAUUCGAAGCCUGCCAUACCGUGUCCAUCCAUUUCACCAGCUUCUCCCAACAUCCCGCUUGAUGCACCCUACGAUGAGAAGACUGAAACUAUUGAACCGACGUCGUCACCUGUCGGGGAAGCUGGUGCGGCAGACGGUGAUGUGUUACGGGCAAGUGUCGCUAGCAAAGAGUCCGGCGGUACAAGUCCAACUUUGCAAGGUGGGGAGGUAGUUGGAGCAGUCGCCUUGGACGGUCAGCCAACUGAAGCCGACAUUGGGAGGGUUGAGCCUAAAAGACGCCGUGUUCAAGAACUUGUUGGGGAUGAUGCUACCACUAUAACGGACAACGCUUCUGGAAGGGUAGAAGGAGGCACACUUUCAGCUAGGGGAACGGUGGAAAGUACUCAAACUGUAGACGAAAGAGGCGGAGCUCAUGGGUCGAGUGCGUCACUGGCCGAACACGUUAUUGAACCAACCUUGGUCAUGAUAGAGGUACAUAUACCUCCUUCGGCUAUGCUUGACGGAGUCCAUUCGCAACACUUUUUUGGUACCGGUUUAAUCGUCCACCACUCGCAAGAUUUGGGCUUGGUGGUCGUUGACAAAAAUACUGUGGCGAUUUCGGUUUCCGAUGUCAUGCUGGCCUUCGCUGCAUAUCCAAUGGAAAUUCCAGCCGAGGUAGUGUUCCUACAUCCCGUCCACAACUUUGCCAUAGUUGCAUACGAUCCAUCUGCCCUUGGACCGGCAGGGGCUGCCGCUGUCAAAGCAGCAGUCCUUCUUCCCGAGCCUGCUUUGCGGAGGGGAGACUCUGUCUACCUUGUUGGACUGAGUCGGAGUCUUCAAGCUACCUCAAGAAAAUCAGUUGUGACAAAUCCAGGAGCCGCCCUUAACGUGGGUGCUGCCGAUUGCCCCCGAUAUAGGGCGAUGAACAUGGAGGUUAUUGAACUCGAUACAGAUUUUGGCCAUGCAUUCUCAGGAGUUCUUGCCGAUGAGCUUGGGCGAGUACAGGCAUUGUGGGGGAGCUUUUCCACUCAGGUGAGACGGUCAUCGUCGAAGCGUAGCAAGUCCUCGGUGAAGUAUGGUGACAGCUCUCCUGAGGAUCACCAGUUUGUUCGUGGAAUACCCGUCUACCCUGUUAGUGAGGUUGUGGAGAAGAUAAUCAAUGGAUGCGAAGGAGGUCCACCUCUUUUGAUGAAUGGAUUAACGAGAUCAAUGCCUUUGAUUCGAAUCCUAGAAGUCGAGUUAUAUCCCACUCUUCUUUCCAAGGCUCGAAGCUUUGGCCUCAGCGACAAAUGGGUUCAGGCCUUGGUGAAGAAAGAUCCUGUCAGAAGACAAGUUCUUCGUGUCAAGGGCUGCCUUGCAGGUUCAAAGGCAGAGGGAAUAUUAGAGCAAGGUGACAUGCUGCUCGCAAUUAGCGGUGAGCCUGUUACAUGCUUCCGCGAUGUUGAGAAUGCAUGUCAACGGGCGGAUGCGUCUCAUGACGAAGCUGGAGCAGCCCUUAAAGUUACUGUGUUUCGACAAGGGGUCGAGAUGGAGCUUCUUGUGGAGACGGAUGUACGUGACGGCUUCGGUACUACCAGGAUGGUGAACUGGGCAGGAUGUGUAAUACAGGAUCCUCACCCAGCAGUUCGAGCAUUAGGCUUUCUUCCCGAGGAAGGUCACGGGGUCUAUGUGGCAAGGUGGUGCCAGGGUAGUCCUGUCCAUAGAUAUGGUCUAUAUGCAUUGCAAUGGAUCGUGGAGGUGAAUGGAAGACCAACACCGGACUUGCAGACAUUUAUAGAAGUAACUGAGGAUUCAGAGCAUGGAGCCUUUGUUCGUGUUAAGACGGUACACUUAAAUGGCAAGCCAAGAGUGCUUACACUAAAGCAGGAUCUGCAUUAUUGGCCAACGUGGGAGCUGCGCUUAGACUGUGGCACUGCUACCUGGCGACGUCGGACCAUAAAAUCCAACACAAAUCUUCAAAAUUCCCCAGUUCAACGGGAACAGGAUAGCAUCGUGCUUCUGCAGCCUGAGCCUCCGGUGAAUGGCGAAAGUGAAGGCAACAGCAGUGAAGGUGGUGCCGAACCUGGAUCCGAAUGAAAGUACUUACCCAGAGAUCAGAGGACGAAUUGUGUAUGUAAAUUUAUUCGAGACACCAACCUCGGGAGGAAAACCUUUUGUCGAUGUAGAUUAUGAUAUCCAGAUGAAUAUAUCGUCUACAUCGAUUCUGACACUGUAAUUGGAUAGAUUUUUUGAGCUCCUUGUGAAAUUAAAUGCCCUUGCGUCUUAAAGGUAUUGCGUUCCAUCAUAUCCAAAUGUGUCAGUCUAGCAGAGAUAAUACCUCUUUUCCCCUUAUUAAAAACCGAAACGUUCGACGUUCCACUGCCAAUAGAGACUUGCAGUGGAACGUGUCCCAACUUUUACACGUUUUUAGCCUAACUUCUUCGCACCUGUGGUGGGGCGUCUUUGUCAAAUGCUGGACCUGACCAAUCCAAUCAAAGAUACCGCUCCUGCAGUAUCGUGGAGUUUGUGGCCAGCCAACUUCCUCCAUUCUUGUUCAUAGACAUUGUGCUCUGUUGCUCACGACACCAUUACAUCUCUUAUAUUUUGCACUCUGGAUCCCAGAAUCGACUCAUUUGGAUCCAACGAUUUCAUUAUAUGAUCGGAUUGGCACUUGGUGGAAGUAACCAGUAUUUUGAUUUUCAUUUGAAUUAGAGGACGUUAAUAAAUUUUAAGAGCAUUUUCUUCUGGC